CCAGAGCUCCCAUAGCCUCGUAGAGGCUGUGUUCGUGAAGUCGCGAGCGUGUAAGAACGAGUAGUACUUUGACGGGAAAGGACGCUGCAGCGCCUGCAGAGACCGCGCCGUCUCAACGAGCUUAAAGAGGAAUCUGAUAUUGCGUUGUCCUUCGAACAUGUCAGCCAUGACUGCCGUUGCUGUCAACAACAAGAAGCGCUCGGCGGCCGAGGCUUGCGCCUCUGCUCCGGCUGCGAAGAAGCCGGCUGCCGCGUCAACAGCAAUUGCGGCCGGCGCUGCUGCGCCGCUGGCGAUGGCAGGUUGGACGUACCCACCUCUGCCGAUGGGUAUGAUGCCGCCGAUGCCGAUGUGCAUGCCGGGAAUGGGCAUGUUCCCCCCGUUUAUGGGCAUGGGCAUGUUCCCCCCGUUUUGGCUGCCGGCCGCCGCGAUGGCCGCAGCUGCUGCAUCAGCGGCGGGGGCGAGUGUAGCGACGAUGCCCGCGAUGGCGGGGGCAUGCAGCCUGCCCCAGGCUGCGCAGGCCGCAGCGAUGUGGCCCGCGAUGAUGGCGUCGUGCGCAGCGGCCGCGGCCGCCUCGAUGCCCGCUGCGGCCCCAGCCAUGAACAUGGCGGCUGUGCGCACUAGCUCUGGCGUGUCAUCGGCAGUCGCGUAUCCGUCGACGUCGUGCAGCAACAGCGUGCCUACGGUGUGCGCACCCGCGUCGCCGGUGUCGGCCCCCCUGCUGGCGACUUCACCUGGCUCGGUGUGCGCUGAGGCCGCGCCUGAGGAGGAUGAUGCAUUUGCAAGCUUCAUCUCUUCCUUCCUUGGCGCUGGCGGCAACGACCUGCCAUCCAGCUCCAACGGCAGCAACGUGUCGGAGGACACUACAGACGACGAACCCUCCCUCGCCAGCCUGCUGGGCGACGACUUCCCCGAGUUUCAGGGACUUUAAUCUACUAGCACCACAGCUUGCGCUUUCAAGACGAGCUCAAUCAAGGCUAUUCCUGGCCGGUAUGCUUUCUGCGGUUUGGUCAGGGCAAAAGCAGUGAUUACGGAUUGACCACAAACGAAGGACAAGUUGCUUAGUAUGGCCCUGUGCCACAUACGCUAAAGCUUGAGCCGUUGUAGAGGAGUGUCGUAUGGAUUGCCAUGGUCAAUAUGCCACUAGGAGUUACUUAUUUUAUGCCCGAUUGCGGCGGGCUUGCUCUGGUCCGCCGUGUCGCAACAGAGGAGUUGAGCUUUUUGAGCUGGACGCACGGCAUUAGAGGGUAUCUGAGCAUCCUGGGUAAGCCCACUAUUUUCGCAGACUGCGUGAUUAGGGCGAGGGAGGGAGCGAGAGGAGAGCGGGAAGUGCGCAUGAAGGGCUGUGCAGGUGCAGAUUAGAGCGCACCCGUUGCUAAUUUUCGUCACCGCCUUCGGAGGAGCCUGGGGCCUAGCGGCUCCAGGUGUUUUUUUGCAGUUGAGGCGCAUCUGGGGCGCUGGGGCGGAUGGCGCGUUUUUGGUACGUCCACACAGGACCACAGUGUGGGGCAGUUCGAGUGUGCACACGGAGAAGCUGUGAGCGAGGCAUGGAGCUGGUGCGAGGAUGCAGCCCUGGGGAUUGGGCAAAAAAGAAAGCGGACACUUUACGGAGGAGGUCAGCGUUUAGGUUACGGGUGAGCACGCGGUAUGCAGUUUUGGUGGAUUUGCAUGUUGCGGGGGUUACAGUAUUACGGCUAAGGUAGGAAGAUGUGAGCGUGACGCGACUCGCCGGAAAGAGCUCGAGAUACCACGAGACUCUGCGUCUGCCCCUUCCAUUCCUUACCAGGUUAUUAAGUUGGUGUUACAGACCGUUGGCCUGUGGUAGCACAGAGUCAGUCGCGUGCGGGUUGCGAUGUGGUGUGUGCAGCGUAUGAGGAACACUGUGUCGUGCAGAAUGGAGCGGGAGCCAUAGGAAGAAGGACGACGUGGAAGCUAACGGGAGCACAUGGAAAGAUGGUGGAUGCUGGAGAAGAAUGUGCGGGCUUGUCGACACCUGCUACUGGCUGGUAUUGAAAGAGGACGAGAAGAUGACGAUGCUAGCGGUAAGAGAAGACAAAUUGCCGUACAAGCUGCGGUAUAGUUGCUCACUGGGCCCGUGGUCCCGUGGUCAAUUGCUAAUGUGAGUCUGGAAGUGUUGUCGCCGUAGACGUAGUGAGGCUGUGCAGGGUGCGUGAAGGUGGAGGGCACAAUCGAAUAAAGGAUGAAGGCAAGCGGGUGUUUACGACCUGUUGCGGAGGUGCCCGUGUCCCUACAAUUUCACUUGUGCUUCUGUGCGCGUGUCAUUGUGCGCGUGUCAUCAUAACGGUUUGAAUGCGUGUGUCCUUGGCGCGUGUGUCGCCGCCAACCAAUUCCCAAGAAAGCCAGAGCUUGGGACAGCACGCAGCGAGGUGCCCAAUGCAGGGCCUUCGAAUUUUUACUUGGUGUCCCGGGGAUGCCCUGGGAGAUGGUGUACAGUCAAUGUCGUGCGUCAGUCAGUGGAUUGGUGGGUCAAGAGUGUGAAUUGAGUGGGGUGAAGUGCCCCUGUGUGAGUUUUGCCCGCACUGCAGCCCGUGGGUUUCCCGGGAUAUGACCUCGUGUUUUUUGGAUUUCGUUGUUGGUGGUCGUUGAGGAUACCUGCCCGCCGCCCGUACAAUAUCUGGAUGGUGUUUGAAGGUCUGCGGACCAACUGGCGUGGCAGGUGACACUGUGGCCGGCCCUGUCGCCAUAAAAAAAGACUAAAAUACUAAAAACAUGGGCGACGGUGGCGCUGACACGGCGCAGUCGAGGAGACGAGGACCAUAAUCCACAACACUGUGUCCAUCGUGUAACACAUCAUAAGC